UUCAAGCCUAGAUCUGACAGUGAAUGGAAUCAGAGUGAUUUCUCCAGUGGAUGUGUGAGAAAAACCAAUUUGCAGUGUGGGAGAAACGUGGAAAAGCCUGAUUUUCUCAUGAUUAGUGUCAAGAGUCUACCACCAAAUAACUCUAAGGCAGAGUUGGGAGUGCUGGAGAAUGUCGUACAACAUGUUUGAACAGUUGCUCAUGUAAUGCUUACUCUUUUGUCGAUAAUCAGUGUUUGGUUUGGGAUGGAGAUCUCUUGAACCUCUUGGAAGACAAUGAUAGUGGGAAAACAAUCUUUGUUAAAUUGGCUUCUAAAGAUCUUCCACUCUCUUCUAAAGAUCCUCUACAUCAUAAAAAGAGUAAUUGGGUCACCAUGGGUGCUGUUGUUGGGUUUGUAGGAGGUGUGGUUUUUGUUUUGGGUGUAAUUUUGGUCUUGAUCUAUAGAAAAAAGAGGAUAUCAUUAUCGGUGGGUAAGACGAGAAUGGAGGGAUCAUUGGUGGCUUUUGUUUAUAAAGAUUUACAAAUAGCCACCAAAAAAUUCUCUAACAAAUUGGGAGGAGGUGGUUUUGGCUCGGUUUUCAAGGGUGUCUUACAUGAUUCGUCCACUGUGGCAGUGAAAAAGCUUGAAAGCAUAAGCCAAGGAGAGAAGCAGUUCAGGAGCGAAGUUAGCACGAUGGGUAUAAUCCAACAUGUUCAUCUUGUACGUCUUCGUGGGUUUUGUGCAGAAGGUAACAACAAGUUAUUGGUGUAUGAUUACAUGGAAAAAGGUUCUGUAGAUACCUAUCUUUUCUGUGGAAAACAAGUUCUAAACUGGGAAACCAGGUAUCAGAUUGCACUUGGAAUUGCAAGAGGAUUGGUUUAUCUACAUGAGAAGUGUAGGGACUGUAUCAUUCACUGUGACAUAAAGCCAGAAAACAUUCUCUUAGAUGCCGAAUUCUGUCCAAAAAUUGCAGAUUUUGGUCUGGCAAAGCUUGUUGGUCGAGACUUUAGUAGGGUUUUGACGACUACAAGAGGGACACCUGGGUAUCUAGCACUAGAAUGGAUAUCAGGGGUGGCUGUCACAGCCAAAGCAGAUGUUUAUAGCUAUGGAAUGAUUCUUUUUGAAUUAGUCUAUGGAAAGCGAAAUGUAGUACAUUGUGAAGAUUCAAGGAGUACAUUCUUCCCAGGUUUGGUUACGAAUGUUCUUAUGGAGGGAGGUGAUAUCCUUAGCCUGUUAGACAGUAGAUUAAAUAGGGAAGCUUGUGUUGAAGAAGUGACAAAAAUUUGCAAAGUUGCAUGUUGGUGUAUCCAAGAUGAGGAAGACAGUAGGCCUUCAAUGAGUUUGGUGGAACGGAUUCUUGAAGGGGUUUCGGAUGUGAGCAUGCCUCAGAUCCCCCAAAUUGUCACUUUAUAUGUUGAGAACAUGAAGGAUCCUGUUUUCUUCACUGAUUCAUGCUCAAUUGAGUGCUCACUAGUACACAGCAAUUCCACUGGUGGUGGCUCCCAGUCAAAGGGCUCAUCUUCUUGAAUUGUAAUUCUAUUUAUCUUCUCUGUUAUGUUCACGUUAGUGAUUAGAAAUUAUAUCAUGAUAAAAAUAAACGAGUCAUUGACUUGUUUUGUUGCGAAUAAAUGGUUCAUAGAGCCGAUCACUCCAGAAUAAAAGUUGCAUUUCAUUUUACAUAA